CAACCUUGGGAGUUAAAGGAGUCAACUUUUCUGACCCAACUGGAUCCUGCAUGCACUUGUAGCAAAAGAAAUCUUUUGCCCUGCUCAGUGAUUUGUUGACAGGAAUUGUGGUGCUUGGAUUAAAUAGACCUCAUGCCAAGAAUGCACUUAAUAAAAAUCUUUUAAAAAUGAUGUCAAAAGCUGUGGAUUCUUUGAAAUCUGAUAAGAAAGUACGAACUGUUAUAUUCCGGAGUGAAGUCCCUGGGAUAUUCUGUGCUGGUGCUGACCUUAAGGAACGAGCUAAAAUGCAUUCAAGCGAAGUUAGUUCUUUUGUCUCAAAAGCCAGAGCAGCUAUUAAUGAAAUGGCAAAUCUUCCAGUACCAACUAUUGCUGCACUAGAUGGGAUUGCAUUAGGUGGUGGCCUAGAACUGGCUUUAGCCUGUGACAUAAGAGUAGCAGCUUCUUCUGCUAAAAUGGGUCUUGUUGAAACAAAGUUAGCAAUCAUUCCAGGUGCAGGAGGGACACAGAGGUUACCUCGUACAAUUGGUGCAUCUCUAGCAAAGGAACUAAUCUUCUCUGCACGUGUUGUAGAUGGUGAAGAAGCAAAAUCAAUAGGAUUGAUCAGCCAUGUGGUACAACAGAAUGAAGCAGGGGAUGCUGCCUACAGAAGAGCUUUGGCUCUAGCAAGAGAAUUUUUACCUCAGGGACCCUUAGCAAUGAGAGUUGCGAAGUUGGCCAUCAAUCAGGGGAUGGAGGUGGAUUUAGUAACAGGCUUAGCAAUUGAAGAAGCCUGUUAUGCUCAGACUAUACCAACAAAAGAUAGAAUUGAAGGUCUUCUUGCUUUUAAGGAGAAAAGACCCCCUCGCUAUAAGGGAGAAUAGGAGAAACUGAUGCCUUUAAAUUACCAUGAAAUAAACCUACUGCUGGAAGGGCCUUUCAGCUGCACUUUGCCUCAGCACCUGGAAUAUCACAGCCACCAAAGUAAAAGCUAAUCAUACAUAUGUUACUACAUCUUGAAUGUGUCCAUACAUGUAUCUGCCCCAGAUCUGUGUUAAGUCAAACUCAUUAUGGUUUAUGACAGUUGCUCUGUGUACUUGCAAGGUCAUACAUAGAUUAAUGGAUUUUUUUUAAUUCAUAUAUAUGAA